UUUAAAAGGUCACAAACUCCUGCAGUACAGUUUGCUCGUAAAGGAUGACGGGUGUAUCGGCACCAUUCUUGUGCGUUACUUUAAUUCUUCUGACUUGCUCAGUUUGGACAAGUCAUGAAGCUGGUUUUGAGGAGCAAAGUCUGAAGACUGAGUCAGGUGAAGAAGCAUUUCCCGGGGCUUGCAGGGCUUGUAAAUGGAUUGUAAAGAAGAUGAGGAAAAGAAUCCCUGAUGGAGCUGCUGAGGACGUCAUCAGAGAGAAGCUGGGAAGUGUGUGCGAUAAAGCUUUCAUACUGAAACCUGCAUGCCGAUGGCUUGUGAGGAAAUACAUUGACAAGUUGACGGCGGAACUCUCCACAUCAGAUGAUGUGAGGACCAUCUGUGUCCAUUUGAAGGCCUGCAGGCCAAAGUCUCAACCAGGCUUCAUCUGAGUGAUAUGACAACCAGAGGCUGAACUGAGAGAAGAGCUCAGCUAUCUGCACUUCCGCUUCUCCCUGUGCGCCACUUCACUGUCGAGCAUCAUGAAAUGUGUGAUUAUCUCAUCUUGUAUAUUUGAUCAUAUUUUUUACCACUGGCAAGCAGAAAAUAAAGCAUCAUGAUAAAAACAAAA